CGGAAGGCGUGAGAGGAGGUGUCUGCGGUUGCUGCUGCAUGCGCCCCUGGAUCGCUGCGCUGUUCCUGGCCAUGGACAGAACUCCCCUCGCGAGCCCCGUUACGCGCCGUCUCAUUGGUAGAAUGUGACUUUCGAAGAGCAGAUGCUGCCUGUCCUGUUCGCCUUGCUAUGAUGGAUGAGUGGAAACCCAAUCCACCAGCCAAGCCACGAAAGAAACGCAGCUGGUAUCUGGUCUGGAAGUAUAAGCUGACCAACCAUAGGGCACUAAGGAGGCUGUUUCAGACGGGGGCUGUUCUCUUCUUGCUGGUGACUGUCAUAGUGAACAUCAAGCUGAUCUUAGACACAAGAAGAGCAGCCAGUGAGGAAGAGGAGUCAACUCAAGAUUAUGAUGAAGGCAUGCAGAACCUGGAGAUUCCCCGGCGGCCUGUUAACAGUAGGAAAGUUCUGGAUAUUGAAGUGUACUCCAGUCGCUCCAAGGUCUAUGUGGCAGUGGAUGGGACGACGGUUUUGGAAGAUGAAGCUCGGGAACAGGGCAGAGGCAUCCAUGUGAUUGUGCUAAAUCAGGCUACGGGUCAUGUGAUGGCAAAGCGGGUUUUUGACACCUACUCUCCACAUGAAGAUGAAGCCAUGGUCCUAUUCCUAAAUAUGGUAGCCAGAGGCCGCAUCCUGAUCUUCACUAUUAAAGAUGAGGGCUCCUUUCACUUGAAAGAUACAGCGAAGAGUCUUCUGAAGAGCUUAGGAAGUCAGGUUGCAGCAUCCCUCAGCUGGAGGGACAUGUGGACCUUUGUGGGGAAGAAAGGAGGUGAGAUCUAUGGUGAAAAACAUGCCAAGUCCGUGGCACUUUCCACGUGGGGGGAACCAGUCUUGCUGAAAACUGAAGUCCAGCUGACCUCUAUAGAAGAUGCUGAAUGUCACUGGCCUGAUACAGAGUUGAACCGAAGGAGGAAACGCUUCUGUAGCAAAGUGGAAGGUUAUGGCAGCGUCUGCAGCUGUAAGGACCCAACACCUAUAGAGUUCAAUCCUGACCCACUCAAAGACAACAAAAUUUUUGAUGUGCCUGUUGCUGUCAUUGCAGGAAACAGACCAAACUACCUUUACAGGAUGCUACGAUCUCUGCUGUCAGCACAAGGAGUCAAUCCUCAGAUGAUUACAGUAUUCAUCGAUGGCUAUUAUGAGGAACCAAUGGAUGUGGUUGAAUUAUUUGGUUUGAAAGGAAUCCAGCAUACCCCCAUCAGCAUUAAAAAUGCCAGAGUCUCCCAGCACUACAAGGCCAGUUUGACUGCAACAUUCAACUUGCAUCCAGAUGCCAAAUUUGCUGUGGUGUUAGAAGAAGACUUGGACAUCUCCAUUGAUUUCUUCAGUUUCUUAAGCCAGUCUAUCUAUUUGCUGGAGGAAGAUGACAGCUUGUACUGCAUCUCUGCCUGGAAUGAUCAGGGUUAUGAGCACACAGCUGAGGAUCCUUCCCUCUUAUAUCGUGUGGAGACCAUGCCGGGCCUGGGUUGGGUUUUGAGGAAGGCCCUCUACAAAGAUGAAUUGGAGCCCAAAUGGCCAACACCAGAAAAGCUCUGGGACUGGGAUAUGUGGAUGCGAAUGCCAGAGCAGCGGAAAGGCCGAGAAUGCAUCAUCCCUGACGUAUCGCGUUCAUAUCAUUUUGGUAUUGUGGGGCUCAACAUGAAUGGCUACUUCCAUGAAGCUUAUUUCAAAAAGCACAAGUUCAACACUGUCCCCAACGUACAGCUUAAAAAUGUGGAUAGUUUAAAGAAAGAUGCAUAUGAGAUUGAAAUUCAUGGACUGCUCAGUGAGGCAGAGGUUUUGGACCACAGUAAGAACCCCUGUGAGGAGUCUUUUGUGCCAGACACAGAAGGAAAGAUCUAUGUGAUGUAUAUCAAAAUGGAACAAGAAGCUGAUUUCACCACCUGGACUCAGCUUGCCAAGUGCCUCCAUGUUUGGGAUCUAGAUGUCCGUGGGAACCACAAGGGACUGUGGCGGCUCUUCCGGAAAAAGAACCACUUCUUGGUAGUAGGAGUUCCUGCUUCACCGUAUUCAUUCAAGAAACCGUCAUCAGUGACCCCCAUCUACAUGGAGCCCCAAGCCAAGGAUGAGGCAGUCGGUCCUGUAGCAGCAGCAGCAGAGCAGACAUGAAGCAGAACUUGCAGCGUCGUUCAUGUCGCCUUUGCUGUCUGCUGUGGGAGGAGAGGCACAGGCAGCCGUGGAACUCCGCAGGAUCUGUGUGUCAUUUUGUCUGAGGGUCUUAGGAGUAGGGGGCAAAACAGAAGAGCUACAGGGCUCCUGUGCCCCGAGGCAGCUGCUGUCGAGUAUGGAUAAGUUGCCCUGGGAAGGCUCUAGCAGGCGCCAUUUAGUAUAUUUUCUAUGCCGCUGCAACAAUGCAAUUUGUCUCAUUUUUAACACUGAUGCUUUACUAACUGUGGCCACCCUUUCCCCAAAUUGGGGGCUGGGCCAGAGGGAGCUGUUUGAAAGGGAUUGGUUCCUUUUUUUAGGAACUCUUCUCACGCUGCUGCUUCAGGAUACGAUUUUUUUUAUUUAUUAACUCUGUGUGGUCAGCAUCCUUCAACAAGCUGUUUUGUCUUGCUUGUAUUUCUGGUGGUUUUCAAGGAGGGUAUUAUGAUGCAAAUCUAAUCCCUUGAAAACAUGUGGGGGGAAUUCUGUGAAACAGAUGAGCCAGCCUACUGCAGCUUCGCUAAAAGGUGGCCAAGCAGAGAGCUCACUUGUGUGCUGGGGAUGGUUUUGUGUUGAAGGUGGAAGCUGCAACAUCAGGAAGCAACUCCAUGUAUUGGCACUGUGGAAUUCUCUGGUUAAUUCCUUUCUCUUCCCUUCCCUAGUUUGUGUCAGAGGGGCAUCCAUGUGAGAACAGGCCUUUCUGGGUUCUGCCCUUAUCUACCCCAGUGGCCAAUGAAGGCAACUCUUCCUAGCACCAACUCAUGCAAGAGUCAGACUGGCAGUAGCUUGCAGAGGCCAGGGAUGUAGGGCUUGUUGGUACUGUUCUUAGCUGCAGCCCAUGAUGUUGUACAAUGUCCAGGAACAGGACAAAGGACCAGGUGUAAAAAGUGCCUUGAAUGAGCAAGUGCUACUCUAGAAAGUCUUGGUCUCUGUCAGCUCUUAAUAGUACAGAUGAAGAAAAAUGAAUCUAACCAAACUUUUUAAUUCUUCUUGUUUCUUUGGGAAUGGGCUUCUCUGGGUUUAAAAAUCCAAUCCCAGAAACACAGUUGCCCAGUCGAGUUGUCCAGUCAUCGUUCUUGUGUGCAGAGAGUGGUGGCAAUGGCAUGUCACUUCAUAGGCUAUUGUCCUCUCUCUUGGUGGUACCAACCUGUAGAGGAAGCCUCAGUUGAUGAGACUUGGAUCUCUCCUGCUAGGCUGGUUGUUUCAGGCCAAAGUUGCUGAAGCCUGUUCCUCAAAGAAGAGACCUGUGUAUGCGCGCACCCUGGGGAAAGUGUCCAAUUCUUCAGUUGUUCUGGACUUCAGAUUGACUGUGUGGAGAUGAAGGAAGGAAGCAGCAAUUCAGGGAUAAAAGGUGAACAAAGGCUUCCUUUUCCAUAUCCAGUGCCUUAGGAGGCAAAGGUACUAUUUGGAUCUAGAAUGUAAUUUUCAGUGAAUAACUAAAGGAAUGGAAGUACUGCCCUUUAAGGGAUGGUUGGAUUCUGGUUCAACACAAUCCUGCCCUUAACACUUGGUUGACGUUUUUUGUUUUCUGUCUUCUUCCCCCUCCAAGCAAGUCCAAGUCCAAGACCCACAAGGCCUUUCACAAAAGAUGACAAGGUGGAUAGGCAGCAUGUUGUUACAAUGUUCAUUUAAUUUGUUUGCUGGCUAGUGAUGGCCCCAUAGCUCCCACCCGCUGCCACCACUUCUGGAGCUGGAGAGGCUGCUUGAGUUGAGAGCAUUGUGCUUCAUACCUGGUAGCUUAUCAAAAAUCUUACUCCCUACUAGACCUAAAGCCCUGGGGUUCCCGUAAUUGAGGAGGAGAGUACUGGAUAUUGUGGGUGGCUUGAGACAGGCUCUUUACUUUUGAAAAAACAGGAUGUGAGUCGAUACUUAAGAUGUGAUCCACAAUCUGUGUGUCUGCCCUCAAUACAUCCCAUAACUUUUUGUUAGAAAACAGGGUAGCAUGUGUGGACCACCUUGUCUCUGACAGGGUCAGCUGUUAUUAAUCAGGAAGUGUAAAAUGCAUAUGAAACCACCUGAUCCAGUGUAGCAAAUGGGAAAGGCAUAUGAGUAUUUCUUGGCCCUUCCUGUUGCCUUCGAAGUAAAUGUGCUACAGAAGAGGUGGUCUUCCGGCAGUAUGACAAACAUGACCUAGAGUGAAAGUACAGUAGAGUCUGCUUGUGAUUAACAGUGCCUUUCUAACAUAGUUGCACCAUUGUAAUCCUUGACUCCAAUGGACUUACAAGGGUGUAACUCUCCUUAGGAAGGUACUGUAAAUCUACUUAUUUUUCCUCCAUUUAGUUAUACUUGUCUUGCUUGUCUUCAGUUGCAUCAUGUUUCAUUUAGAAAAAUUGGGCCACACAAACUAUUCUUCCUUUCUUCUCCCCUCCCCCUCCCCCCACCACCCAGAUCACUGUGACUACAGGGCAACUCCUCAUUUUUUUGAAAGAAGAGUUCCCACUUGUUUCUCAUGUGUCUCCGGAGCAAGAAACAUAAUGUGGAGAGGGCAUGGGUACCAUAAACUGGACUUAAAAGAUGUUCCUCAGCACAAAUUUAGUUUGUGUUCUUUACUGACAUGCACAGGACAAAGUAUUCUAGAGUUGUAUGGAGACCAGAUGCGAAUUUUGUCUAUCUUCUAAUGAAUGAAAUGGUUCUCUUUAUGAAGCAGCUAAACAGUAGAUUAAUUAUUAAGUGAUAUCAUGGUACAGAAUGCACUUUUUGUUUUAUUUUAUUGUUAAAAACCAUGCCACUUGAAAUUAAAACUGGGAACUUUUCGCACGUUUUUAUCAACCUAGCUCUGUGAGGCCAACCACUUGAAUGAACUACAAGCAUGCUAGCAGUAGGUUUCAUUUAUUUGGUAACAGGGGGCUUGAAAGCCACCCAGGAUCCAAAGCUUUGAUUCACUUGGUGAUUCUGCUUAGAGAAUCAGCAAACACAUGUCCCAUUCAUUUACAGGAACUGAAUUUAUUUCAGAUUCAGAAGGCACAGCUCUGAGAUCUCAAAGUACAUGAUCGGAGAGAAGAAAGAGGACUCCUUUCUUUGGCAAGAGUUCAGGAAGUAUAGGAAUUAGGCAGUAAGAGAUCCUGGUAUUCUCUCUUCUCAUUGUAUGAAGUCACAAGAGUCCUUUGUCUCUUAAAGGCUUGAUAAGGAAAAACAGGGGUCCUUCAGAGGGGAAACUAAAUAGGGUGAUCUGCUGGUUGCUUUUAAUAGUAAGGCAGCUGCUGCCUACCUCGUGUGCAAAACUGGGAUGUCCCAAGAUUAUGAAAAACAAGUAAGGAUUCCUUGCUUUCAAAUGGAGCUCCCUUCCUUACUCACAUAUGCUUAAAGAUCCAUCAGCUUGGCUUUCACAGCACCCAGCAUCCUAUUAGUACACCAUUUUUACCAAUUAGAAUUGACAAGCAGGAAAAAGUAUUUUCAUGGCUUUGUUAUGCUGGGGGGGGGGGUGAAGAAGCUCUUCAGUUGUAAUAUUCUCCUAGCUGCUUCAGUUUGCUACUCUCUUUAGUGCUGCUGACAUGUCAGCCAUUGAAAAAUUGAAACCAGAAGGUAUAUCUGGCUAUGAGCCAAAACAAUUAAGGUGGCUGCUCCAUUAACAUUGCCACUGGAAGUAGACCUUUUCAACUGCAGCAUCAGUCAAGCUGUGUGAUUCUACUUCAUAGUUUUAAAAGCCUAGAAUUUCAAAAUGUUACAUGAAAGGAACAUUAUUCUGCUCUUAGCACUCAUAAUAGGUACAACUUCUGCCCUACCUAAUCAAAUGCAAAACAUUUUGCAAACAGUUUAUGAGGUUGGUGAGUUUUAGUUUAGGGGUAAGAUGUAUUUGGGGAUUUUUAAUAGAGAAACAAGUAGCGAAAACAGCCAUUUCAAGAUGUAUUUUCCCCUAGUCAAAAGAGCAAACAUUGCAGAGUAGGUACAGCAACUUGUAAGUCCCUCAGAUUUUGGAUGUACUCCUAAUGCUCUGUGGCAUGUAAAAGCCUAGCCUAGCUCCAUUUUAAGUCUAUGGGAGUUUUAAAAGCACUGGAGGCCCAUUGUGCACUCUGUAACUAGGCAAACUGGGCCUGUGCCCUUAUCGCUGAUUUGCAGAUUCCAGUGGGAGCACACUUGUCUUUCUCUGCUUUGCACCUAACAUUUGCCAUCCUUUGCAUGCUUAUUGUCCAGCAACUCUCACUGAAUUUAGUGGAACUUAAUUCUCCAUUUGACCUUUAAAUACAGAACAAUUUUUUUUUUAACCAGCAUUUGGAGGAUAGAGACUGGGACAACUGUGUAAAACCCCUGAAGGUUAGGGGAAUUCCUAGAGUGUCAAAGCAUUGCUCAGUGGAAUUUCCCCCCUCCCCAAUUUUCCUCCUGCUGCUCCAUUGAGCAAGAUCAAGGUGGGAGACUGCCUGCCACGCCAGGCAACCUAGUAAGUCUACUUGCUAUUUCUUCAGCUAUAAUUUUUGUAGCUGGUUCCUAUUAAGGACAGAAUGCUAGAUAAAAUCUGCUUGUCUGAUCCAGCAAAACUUUAGGUCCUCACCCAAUCCCAGAAGCUGAAGAAUUAGUCCCUGAAUCACUGCUGCAGGUGGAGGGGAAAUAGGGAGACACAACAGUGGAAGCCCUAGUUACCUCUGGGUGCCCCAUGCAGCUGGGCAAAUCUUUGCUUUCCUAUGAUAUUUUAGCUGGGUCUGAAUGGUGUGUGAAUUGGCCCCCAGAAAGCAGUUCCAUCUAGGGCCCUAUAGUGGCUCUCUGCAGCCCUGCUUUAGAUUGUUUAAAUCCUUGGGCAUGCUGGAACUCCACUUCCGUCUUGAAUCAUCCAGUAUUUUCCAGUCAUACAUGAGCCUGAAACAAUGAGAAUCUUCUAAUAAUAUUAUCCUACACAUUGCUGUUUCUUUUGGUCUUUCUGCAGCUUUCCCAAACUAUGUGUUCUAAUACAUGACAUUAGAAUGUAAAGUCCCUCCGUGGGCUGUGAUCGGGUAGGCCAAGCAGUUCAAACUAUUGGCAGCUUUCAAAGGACUGACAGCCAGUGCAAGCCUAAGAAUGUUUUCCUGGGAGUAAGCCCCCUGAAGAGACCUGGGCACAAUUUUGAAUAGACUCACUGGCUCACAGUUGUUGUCUUGGCUCUCUCCCUGUACUCUCUCUGGCUUUCCAUUCCUUUCCUUUCCUAUGGUCCCCUUUUAAAAAAACCUGAACUGUAAAAGAGAGACGAUGGGGGAAGGGGCUGGCUGCUCCUGGCCGUUGGGAAGAGCGUUGCAUGCAGUGGGGGAGAAGGGCUGCUUUGGGGGAGCCAGUUGUUAUUUUUCCAACAAUAAAGAUGGCAGAACUUGUUUCACAUCCUGUGACUUUCAUGCCUCUGUUCACAGUAAUUUCUUGUACCACAAGUAAAAUACCACCUCUAGGCUACCAUCCUUUUUUUGCUCCUCCUCUUCCUCAAGUGCACUCCUCUUAGCUAUUUGUGCUGUGUGCUAUCAAAUUGCUUCAGACUUAUCAUGACCCUGUGAAUUAACGACCUCCAAAACGUCAUAUUAUUAACAGCCUUGCUCAUAUUUUGCAAACUGGAGCAUUUGUGCCUACUGAUAUCCCAAC